GAAGGGGGAGGGGAGGGAGAUAUCACACGCCUCGAGAGAGGACCUGGACAACGGAGCACGGGUACCAAACGAUCACCGGACGGUGGUGAGCAACGUGGUUGGCUCCUUCCGUCGCUCCUCCCGUGAGAGAAAUCAACAGUCAGGACUCGACUGUCCUGUCGACACGACACUCGCGCGUUUCGAUACACAUCCGGGCUCGGCACCGAGGAUUGACAGUGUGAUCCCACAGGAAUCGAUCAUCCUGUAGAACAAUCACCACGAGGGAACCGUUAAUAAGGUCGAUUGUCGCCCUUUGGCGUCUGAUCGGAGCACGAGACCAGAACGAACUCUAGUCAGAAAGAAUAAGGAGAGAGAGAAAGAGAGAGAGAGAGAGGAGAGAGGAGAGAGGAGAGAACUGUCUCUCUGAGAAAACGGAAGGCUGUCUGGUGCGGUGUGUGAUAUACUAAAAAAAGGGACACGCGUCGUACAUUCGCCGGAGCGGGAACGAUCGAAACCGUUAUCCGAGCACGUGGUUGCGGUACCACGAGGUGCAAGAAACGAGAGGCUUCCGGUUGGGAUCCUGGAUGUAUUAUCGUUGAGGAACGAUCCGGUACGGCUUGGCGGAAUGUUCGUGCGGACGUUCCAGUAUCUCGUAUUCUCGUAAGGGCCGACGUCUCGCGCACGUGGAAGGGCCCCUUCCACGAGGGGAAAAAGGGAGAGUGAUCACGAGUGUGAAGAUAGUGUGUUGUUAUAAAACAAGUGUGUUCCUUCUACAUCCAUCACCCUUUCUUUCACCACUCCUCCCCCGGCGCAGUCUGACUUUCUCCCUUUCCUCUUCUUUUCCUUUUCUAUUUCUUUUAUCUCUCUUUUUCGUUCGGAUUGCCUUAUGAGCAGAGCAAAGGUGGAAAAGUGCCGCGAGUCAACGGAAGUACAGGAACCGCUGUCACCCUCGGCUUCAAGGUCGUGGCAUGACGUAUAAGAUUACCGCAAGCGGAGAGCAGGAGCAAGGCCGAGUGAUAGAGGCAGUGUGAUGAGCGGAUACCUCGGUAGCAUCACCCUGCCCCCGACGUUGCUGCACGACCCGAAGUACCCUCCAGCCAUGCGGGAGAAAGACUCGAGUCCGAGAAAGAUGCCGGGCCACAUAAGCCCAAAGCAAGCUAGCAUUUAUCCUCUGAGCGUCCGCGUGCCGGACGUAGAGGAGCUGCCAUACGAUCUCAGCCACGGUCACGGCCGCGGCAUGUCGAGCCCGACGAAUCAGCAACAGCAGCAGCCGCACAUGAGUCCCGCGGCCCGACCGCCCCAGCCGCAUAAUCAGGACGAGCUCGACUGCGAGCCGCUUGAUCUUCGUGUCGAUCACAAGAAGGAGCGGCUCAGGGAUGAGAACCAAAACGAGAUCGAGGUGCUGAAUCAGAACAGCCUGGGCGGUAGUAGUCUGCCCUACCACACGGUGCUCUUUCCACAGCAUCACGCGAUGCACCCGCUCGUUCUGGAAGCGAUGUACAGGUCACAUCAUCACAGCUCGCCAGUGCCCGAUCUGCCAAAGAUCCAAGUCAGAGCGCUACCGACAAUGGUACCCCUGCCGCCCAACAGAUUUUCCUCGACCUCGUCAUCCACGUCCUCCUCGUCCUCGUCGCAGCCGACCGCGAGAGCUGUCAGUCCGGCCGUUGGUCAACAAUCCCAGCAUCAGCAGAAUCAUCCCUCGCAACAGCAGCAACAGCAGCAGCAACAACAGCCGCAACAACAGAGCUCGAGUUUGCCGCCCUAUUCGAUCAGCAUGCAAGCGGGUCUCAAGCCCAAGGACAGAUACUCCUGCAAAUUCUGCGGUAAGGUCUUCCCUAGAUCGGCGAACCUGACGAGACACCUGAGGACGCAUACCGGCGAACAACCGUAUAAGUGCAAAUACUGCGAGAGGAGCUUCAGCAUCUCCAGCAACCUUCAGCGUCACGUCAGAAACAUCCACAACAAGGAAAAGCCGUUUAAGUGUCCGCUUUGCGAGAGAUGCUUCGGCCAACAAACCAAUCUGGAUCGUCAUCUGAAGAAGCACGACGCGGAUGGGCCGACGAUACUGGAUGAGGUCAGAUCGAGGUAUCACGGUCAACUUCCGCGAGCCGACGAUUCCUACUUCGAGGAGAUCCGCAGCUUCAUGGGAAAGAUCACCUCGCAACGACAGAGCAUACCGUACUUCCCUGGUCUACUAGGUCACGCAACUGAUGACUUCAGAAACGACAAGCAGCAACUGCAGCUGGAGGAAAAGCGAGGCGACUCGUCGUACUUCAGCGACCGGGACAAUCUCAGUUCGAGGUCGAGCAGUACGGCCAGCAGGCCGGAGAGCGUCCAGGAGGAACAAAGGGAAGUGAACUCGCCGCCACUCUCUCCCGGCAAUAAUACCUGAAUCCUGGGGCGCGAUUAUCAGCAUGAUAAUCCAGUUAAGAAAGGUUUUCGUCGGUUCAUCAAAGCGCGAUAGAGUUCGAGAAUAAGAGAAAAUUCGAUAUUUUGAACCGUCGGAAUUGACUAAAAGCGAAAGACUUGAAAAAAUUAAACUUUUAACAAAAUUCCAUAAGAUAUUGCUACGAAGAACUAUAUUAUUUACAGUGAUCUUAGAUUAAUUCGAAACUACAUUAUGAGGUAAAUUAUUUCAUUUCCUCGUAGAAAUUCCUAUAAGCCGAAACGUAAAGGUAAACCGGCGGAAUCUGUGAAGAAAAAGAAAGUGAUCUAUAGAUAUUGAUAAAGAUAAAUCCUAAAGAUCGGCGACGAAUUCCUUGCUCGAACUAGCGAGCAACAGUCGAAUCAGUUUUUUUAUUCUAGGUUUUAAUAAUUACGGACUUUAAAACGAAUUCGCAGAAUGUUAACCUGAAGGAUUAAUACGUAGAUUCAAUUUACUGUGAGAGAUAAAUUAAAACGUGGUGCCUUGAAGAAACAUGUGCCUAACUAGGAUGUAUCGUCCUUCAAUCCUGAAGAAUACGAUCCAACCGGAUCAAUAUAAAAAGCCUUAAUAAUAAAGUUAGAUAAACAAUUAACCUACACUAAAUAUCGUACAAUAUUAGAAUAUUAGACUUAAACGCGUGCUUGAGUGAGCCGGAAAGUCAUAGAAAAAUAGCCGGAGUUGAUCGUAAUCUAUAGGACCGAUUUGUGAAGAUGGAAAAGAUGAAGUCUAUAUUUAAUAUAGACUUUUACUUUAUAAGAGAAGAUGUAAAUAUAUCUCUUGCGUUUUUUGGUCUGUAAAAUUUAAUAUUUAAUUUUAUUCAUUUUUAUUACAUCCAUCUUUUUAAUUUGAUUGGAGAAUUGCAAUUCUAAGUGAUAUAAUCUAUAUAAAGUAUAGAGAUUAUUAUACGUGUUAAAUUUUUAUGUUUUUUUGUGAAACGAGAUGAAAGUUGCACUUGGUAUUACACUUAAUAAAUUUCGAUCUUACAUAAAUUUUACCUUAAAUAUAUUUGUGUCUUCUCUUUCAUAUUUCUCACAUACAAGCUCAAUAUUAAUGAUAAGGAGCAUUUUGUUCAUUCUACUCCCUUCGUAGGCACAAUUGUAGAAUCAUCAACAGAAUGAUGUGUACAAGACAUAAUUAAUUUAUGCUUACAGGCUGUCGCAAUAUUUUUAUUCUU